AUGGUUAUCAAAGGCCCCCUUGUUGAGAUGCUAGCCCGCAAUAGCAAAUUUGCGAGUUCCUAUCAAUCUCCACCGGCUCUACUUCAAAUGGUCUCAACUAUGCGAGCUACUGGCGCCGGGGUGGUAGUACUCUCAUGCUCUGAUCCAAGACUCAAUCCGUACCAGAUCUUGGGUAUUGAUGCCACCUUGAAGGCAACCAUGGUUCGUAAUGCGGGAGGUCGCGCUUUUGACGCUAUCCGUACACUGUCUGUACUUCAAACGAUUGGCGCUCCGCGCACUAUUGCAAUUAUGCACCAUACCGACUGUGGAAUGACACAUUUUCACGACGACGCGAUUAAGAAGGCUCUAAUUGAGUUAUCGCCAGGGGGAAAGACGAAUAUUGAGAAAAUGCAAUUUGGCGAGAUCAAAGCAAGGCAAGUCAAUCCAAUGCAUCUCAGCAUUCCUGAAGCUCAUUCGUCCUAG